CGCGUCUCGGUGCAGCAGCUGACGGGGAGGGAGGCAGUGCGCAUCGGUCACUCCCAGCGCAGUGUGUCCAGCCUCUCUCUCGCUCACUGCGCGCUGCGGACUCCAAAGGCGGCGAAGUUCAUCACGUAUUCUUUUAUCACAGGGCUUCAGAGGAAGCCGCCCAUGAGGAAGUGUGUACGGUGAAAAGGUGACAGGUCAGAGGUCAGGAUGACGACAGUAGCCGCAGAAUACGACCACAUGGACAUCCAGCAUCAAUACCAGGAGAGUGUCAACAACCGCUGGGAAGACGAAUGGGACAAUGAGAACAGCUCGGCCCGAUUAUUCGAGCGCUCGCGCAUCAAGGCUCUAGCAGAUGAGCGAGAGGCCGUGCAGAAGAAGACCUUCACCAAAUGGGUGAACUCACACUUGGCACGCGUGUCCUGUCGGAUCACGGAUCUCUACAUGGACCUGAGGGCACCUGGACGACGGAGCUCAUCCAAGGCGUCUGCGAUAGGAGGUUCUAGAGUGCCCAAGCCGACAAAGGGCCGCAUGCGAAUCCACUGUCUGGAGAACGUGGACAAGGCCCUGCAGUUCCUCAAGGAGCAGCGCGUGCAUCUGGAGAACAUGGGGUCACAUGAUAUCGUGGACGGAAACCACCGACUCACGCUCGGACUCAUCUGGACCAUCAUCCUCCGCUUCCAGAUCCAAGACAUCAGCGUAGAGACCGAAGACAAUAAAGAGAAACGCUCAGCCAAGGACGCGCUGCUCCUGUGGUGCCAGAUGAAGACCGCAGGCUAUCCCAACGUCAACAUCCACAACUUCACCACCAGCUGGCGUGAUGGCAUGGCUUUCAACGCCCUCAUUCACAAACACAGGCCAGACCUGAUUGAUUUCGACAAACUGAAGAAGUCCAACGCUCACUAUAACCUGCAGAACGCCUUCAACCUGGCGGAGCAGCACCUGGGGCUCACCAAACUCCUGGACCCAGAAGAUAUCAGCGUAGACCAUCCUGACGAGAAGUCUGUCAUCACUUAUGUCGUCACAUACUACCAUUAUUUCUCCAAGAUGAAGGCGCUGAAGGUGGAGGGCAAACGUAUCGGAAAGGUGCUGGACAACGCCAUCGAGACCGAGAAGAUGAUCGAGAAAUAUGAAUCUCUGGCGUCUGAUCUGCUGGAGUGGAUUGAGCAAACCAUCAUCAUCCUCAACAACCGCAAGUUUGCAAACUCUCUGGUAGGAGUCCAGCAGCAGCUCCAGGCCUUCAACACUUACAGGACCGUAGAGAAACCACCCAAGUGAGUAUUCAGACUCAGUUGUUUUCUAGCUCUGUCAGUGAAAUGUGUUGGAUGUGAAGCUGGAGCUGUGUUGUUGUGGCAGGCGUGGGAGCGUCUGGAGAAGGCUGAGCACGAGCGUGAGCUGGCGCUGAGGACCGAGCUGAUUCGACAGGAGAAGCUGGAGCAGCUCGCCAGACGCUUCGACCGCAAGGCUGCCAUGAGGGAGACCUGGCUGAGCGAGAACCAGCGCCUCGUCUCACAGGACAAUUUCGGAUUCGACCUCCAGGCGGUCGAGGCUGCUACCAAAAAACACGAAGCCAUCGAGACGGACAUCGCGGCGUACGAGGAGCGCGUGCUGGCGGUGGUGGCCGUGGCCAGAGAGCUGGAGACGGAGAACUACCACGACAUCAAGCGCAUCGCCGCGCGCAAAGACAACGUGCUGCGCCUGUGGGAGUAUCUGCUGGAGCUGCUCAAAGCCCGCAGGCAGCGGCUGGAGAUGAACCUCGGCCUGCAGCGCGUCUUCCAGGAGAUGCUCUACAUCAUGGACUGGAUGGACGAGAUGAAGAUGCUGCUGCUGUCUCAGGAUUACGGGAAGCAUCUGCUGGGAGUGGAGGAUCUGCUUCAGAAGCACGCUCUGGUGGAGGCCGACAUCGGCAUACAGGCCGACCUCGUCAAGGCCGUCAACGCCAACGCACAGAAGUUUGCCGUGGAUGACGAGGGCUACAAACCCUGUGACCCUCAGGUCAUCCGUGACCGUGUGGCCCACAUGGAGUUCUGCUAUCAGGAGCUGAGCCAGCUAGCAGCGGAGCGCCGCGCCCGUCUGGAAGAGUCCCGCCGCCUGUGGAAGUUCUUCUGGGAGAUGGCGGAGGAGGAGGGCUGGAUUCGCGAGAAAGAGCAGAUUCUGUCCUCGGACGACUGUGGCAAGGAUCUGACGGGCGCCGUGCGUCUCUUGAGUCAACACCGCGCUCUCGAGGAUGAAAUGAGCGGCCGCUCCGGUCACCUCCAGCACACGGUGCGCGAGGGUCAAGCCAUGGCCGACGCUGGGCACUUCGGCGAAGAUAAGAUUCGCGAACGCAUCACCCACAACCAGGCCCAACUGGAACAUCUGGAACAGCUGACUAAAAAGAGCAUGGAAGAGGCUUGCAGCCUCCAUCAGCACCACCAGAACCAAGACGAUGCACAUCACGCCUACACCUUAAACUCACUACGAACCCCGCUAAUCCUCUCCGACUCUGACCACGAUCAACUAUGAAACCCAAACUCAAGCCAAGACAAAAAACACAAAGACGCCUCGGCUGAGGUCGCUAGUUAUCGCUCGGUGAUUGACGCUCUUCACGAACAGGCCCAGUCCCUGCCUCCGGAACAGGUGCAGGCUGCCAAUGUCAACGAGCGGCUGGCGGGCAUCGAGGAGCGCUAUAAGGAGGUCUCCGAGCUCAGCAGGCUGAGGAAACAGGCCCUGCAGGAUGCCCUGGCGCUCUAUAAGAUGUUCAGCGAGGCGAAUGCGUGUGAGCACUGGAUCGAUGAGAAGGAGCAGUGGCUCAUCAGCAUGGAGAUCCCAGAGAAACUGGAGGACCUGGAGGUCAUUCAGCACAGGUUUGAGAGUCUGGAGCCUGAAAUGAAUAACCAGGCGUCACGCGUAGCGGUUGUCAAUCAGAUCGCCAGGCAGCUCAUUCACAGCGGACACCCGAGUGAGAAAGACAUCAAAGCCCAACAAGACAAACUCAACACCAGGUGGAGUCAAUUCCGUGACCUGGUGGACCAGAAGAAAGAGUCCCUCAACUCGGCUUUGGGCGUGCAGAACUACCACCUGGACUGUAACGAGACCAAAUCCUGGAUCCGCGAGAAGACCAAAGUCAUCGAGUCCACCCAGGAGCUGGGCAACGACCUGACGGGCGUCAUGGCCCUCCAGCGCAAGCUCACCGGCAUGGAGCGCGAUCUGGCCGCCAUCGAAGCCAAACUGGGCGACCUCCGCGGCGAGGCGGAGCGCUUGGCCGGCGAACACCCCGACCAGGCCAAAGCCAUCACGGGACGGCUGGCCGAGAUCACCGCCGUCUGGGAGGAGAUGAAGGAAACCCUACGAAACCGCGAGGCGUCUCUCGGGGAAGCCAGCAAGCUGCAGCAGUUCCUCCGAGAGCUGGACGAUUUCCAGUCCUGGCUUUCCCGCACGCAGACGGCCAUCGCGUCCGAGGACAGCCCACACGCUGACCCGAGGCACGAGAAGCUUCUGGCCCAACACGAAGGCAUCAAGAACGAGAUUAACAACUACGAAGAGGACUACCAGAAGAUGAGGGACAUGGGCGAGAUGGUGACACAGGGGCAAACGGACGCUCAGUACAUGUUCCUGAGACAGAGGCUCCAGGCUCUGGAUACCGGAUGGAACGAGCUCCAUAAGAUGUGGGAGAACAGGCAGAACCUUCUGUCACAGUCUCACGCCUAUCAGAUCUUCCUCAGAGACACCAAACAAGCCGAGGCCUUCCUCAACAACCAGGAGUAUGUUCUGGCUCAUACCGAGAUGCCCACCACCCUUGAAGGAGCAGAGGCUGCCAUAAAGAAACAGGAGGACUUCAUGACCACCAUGGACGCCAACGAGGACAAGAUCAACAGUGUGGUGGAGGCAGGCAGGAGACUGGCCAGUGACGGAAACAUCAAUGCUGACCGCAUCCAGGAGAGAGCAGCCUCCAUCGACGACCGGCAUAAGAAGAACCGUGAGGCGGCCGUGGAGCUGCUCAUGAGGCUGAAGGACAACAGAGACCUGCAGAAGUUCUUGCAGGACUGCCAGGAGCUGUCCCUGUGGAUCAAUGAGAAGAUGUUGACAGCACAGGACAUGUUGACAGCCACGGGACAUGUCCCUACGGAUGAAGCGCUCGCAACCUGCACAGCACAAUGGCUCAAACACCCAGGCCCCUUCAUGGCCCCGAAAAUGCCGCCGUCCAACAAAGAUUGCUGGACAAAAAUCGAGAAGGAAGGGAAGCAGCUGGUCUCGGAGAAGCCGGAGACAGAAGCCGUGGUGAAGGAGAAGCUGGCGGCGCUGCAGAAGAUGUGGACCGAGCUGGAAACCACGACUCAGACUAAAGCCCAGUGUCUGUUUGACGCCAACAAAGCCGAGCUCUUCACGCAGAGCUGCGCCGAUCUGGACAAAUGGCUGGUGGGUCUGGAAGGUCAGAUCCAAUCGGACGACUACGGCAAAGAUCUGACCAGCGUCAGCAUCCUGCUGAAGAAACAACAGAUGCUGGAGAACCAGGUGGAGGUGCGUCAGAUGGGAGGUGUGAGGAGCUUCCAGUCUCAAGCUCAUGUGUUGAAGCAGGAAGGAAAGGACCCGGACGAGGUCGACGGACGCCGGAAGGAGGUGGAGCUGAAGUUUAAGGAGCUGCUGGAGCCGUUGAAGAAACGGAAGGACUUCCUCACGGCCUCUCGAGAGAUUCAUCAGUUUAACCGUGACAUGGAGGAUGAGAUUCUCUGGGUUGAGGAGCGGAUGCCUCUCGCUGACACCAUGGACACUGUUCAGCUGCUCAUCAAGAAGAACCAGACAUUACAGAAGGAGAUCCAGGGCCAUCAGCCGCGCUGUGACGACAUACUCGAGCGCAGCCAGAGCAUCCUGAAGGCCGACAGUCCAGACGUAGAGGCCGAGCCCGUCUCUGACCUGCAGCAGCUGUGGAGCCUGAUCAUCCAGGAGACGGAAGAAACGGCCACCGCCAGACUCGAGGAGGCACAUAAGGCCCAGCAGUACUACUUUGACGCAGCUGAAGCCGAAGCCUGGGAUGGAGAAGGCCAAGUUCUAUAUUUACAUGCUGCUUUUCCGAAAUGUCUCCCUCGUUGUUCUCAGGAUGAGCAGAGUUCGGUGGCCAUGCUGAAGAAGCACCAGAUCCUGGAGCAGGCGGUGGAGGACUAUGCUGAAACCGUGCACCAGCUUUCCAAGACCAGCCGAGGCCUGGUGGCCGCCAACCACCCCGAGAGUGAGAGGAUCGGCAUGCGUCAGUCACAGGUGGAUAAGCUGUACGCCGGACUGAAGGACCUAUCAGAGGAGAGGAGAGGCAAACUGGAGGAGCGCUUCCGCCUCUUCCAGCUCAACCGGGAGGUGGACGAUCUGGAGCAGUGGAUCGCCGAGAGAGAGGUGGUGGCUGGAUCUCACGAGCUCGGACAAGACUACGAACACGUCACUAUGUUGCAGGAGCGUUUCCGUGAAUUCGCUCGCGACACGGGAAACAUCGGUCAGGAGCGCGUGGACGGCGUGAACCGUAUGGCUGACGAUCUGAUAAACGCAGGGCACACUGACGCGGCGACUGUGGCCGAGUGGAAGGACGGUCUGAACGAGGCCUGGGCCGAUCUGCUGGAGCUCAUCGACACACGCACUCACAUCAUCCCACCAUCCAACAACUUCCACAACUACUACAACGACACCAAGGAAAUCAUCCUACACAACCCAUAAAAACAUAAGAAGCUUCCAGAAUAGCUGGGACGAGACCAGAACACGGUGGAAACCUUGCAGAGGAUGCACACCACGUUUGAACACGACAUUCAAGCUCUAGGGACACAGGUCAGGCAGCUGCAGGAGGACGCUGUGCGCCUGCAGUCAGCGUAUGCUGGAGACAAAGCGGACGACAUCCAGCGGCGUGAGGGCGAGGUGCUGGAGGCCUGGAGGAGUCUGCUGGAGGCCUGCGAGGGUCGGCGGACGCGACUGCUGGACACCGGAGACAAGUUCCGCUUCUUCAGUAUGGUGCGCGACCUCAUGCUCUGGAUGGAGGACGUCAUCCGCCUCAUCGAGACGCAGGAGAAGCCCAGGGACGUGUCGUCUGUGGAGCUUCUCAUGAACAACCACCAGGGAAUCAAGGCUGAAAUCGAUGCCCGUAACGACAGCUUCACGGUCUGCAUCGAGCUGGGCAAAUCUCUCCUGGCACGGAAACACUAUGCAUCAGAGGAGAUCAAAGAGAAGUUGUUGCAGUUGACAGACAAGAGGAAAGAUAUGAUUGACAAGUGGGAGGACAGAUGGGAGUGGCUUAGACUGAUUCUGGAAGUGCACCAGUUUUCGAGGGACGCCGGUGUGGCAGAGGCGUGGCUGCUGGGACAGGAGCCGUAUCUGUCCAGCAGAGAGAUGGGACAGAGUGUGGACGAGGUGGAGAAGCUGAUCAAACGCCACGAAGCGUUCGAGAAAUCUGCCGCCACUUGGGAGGAGCGCUUCUCAGCGCUGGAGCGACUGACUACGUUGGAGUUAUUGGAAGUGAGAAGACAGCAAGAGGAAGAAGAGAAGAGGAGGAAACCGCCCACACCAGAGCCGGUCGAGGCGCAGGAUGCAGAAACACAGCAGAGAGAAGGAGAGCAGAUUGCCCAGAACGGACUGCCAUCAGACCAGGACUCUCCACGGGAUGGGGUGGACGGAGAGAUGAACGGAGUGCCUGAGAGGAGCUCGAAGGAGCCGAGUCCCGUCCCGUCUCCGAGCGCAGACAGACGGGGUAAAGGCAGUCAGUCAGCCACACUGCCGGCGAAGGGUCAGGAGACGCUGUCUGCGCAGCUGGAGGGACUCCUGCACCGCAAACACGAGUGGGAGGGACACAACAAGAAAGCCUCCAGCAGAUCCUGGCAUAACGUGUACUGCGUCAUCAACAACCACGAGAUGGGCUUCUACAAAGACAACAAGAGCGCGGCGCAGGGCGUCCCGUACCACAGCGAGAUCCCCAUCAGCCUGAAGGACGCCGUCUGCGAGGUGGCCGUCGACUACAAGAAGAAGAAGCACGUCUUCAAGCUCAGAGUUACUGAUGGAAACGAGUAUCUCUUCCAAGCCAAAGAUGAUGAGGAGAUGAACACAUGGAUCCAGGCCAUUCAGAACGCCGGCAGCGGCUCCUCAUCCUCCGAGAAAUCAGAGAUCACACCUAGCAACCAGAGCACACCGGCCUCCAGCCGCGCUCACACGCUCCCGGCAACCGUCACCCUGACGACCGAAUCCAGCCCCGGCAAGCGCGAGAAGGACAAGGAGAAGGACAAGGAGAAGCGCUUCAGUCUCUUCAGCAAGAAGAAGCAGUAGGCGUCCGAAACGAUCGCUCGAUCGCCUCGUUCCCUCGAUUCUUUUACGACUUUCUGUUUGUGUCCGCCCACCUCCUCCAGUGAUAUCCCAGCAUGCACAGCUCAUAAAGACGCCACACUCUGUGCCUGAAAGCCCGGCAAUUGGGUCCAAAGUUGUACAAAACGCAAGAGUGUGUCGCGAUCCGGGAACGUCGGCGAUCGGAAUCCCGUUUUUUUUGUACGCUCUUACGUUGAUUUUGAAUUCCGACUGUUGCUAUCGCUCGUUUUUUUGUAACUUUGCGCCAUUGAGGGGUCUGGAUAUUUAAAACAUUUCCUCAAUUUUUAUGAGGCUGUCUCAGAGAUUCGCCGAGUCUCUCUUCGUUGACAGUGAUGCUUCGAAACGAUUCCAUUGAACCGAUACAAUUCCACGUUAACGUCAGAUUCGCCUUUUAACGACUAUAAGCUGAUCAACUAAUAUUAACAUUGGCUUGAAGGCAUGGUAGACUUGUGUCAUGUGAUCAAGGUGGGUCGUACCAAACGCUUUCACGAGCUGUAAGAACGUGUGCUAUAUACAGAGAAUCAUUUGACGUCAUGCAUUUUUUCUUUUAUCGUUGUCAUUUCUCUUGGGUUUUAUCAUAAUAUAUGUUUCAAAUAAUUCUAGUACAAAAGAGUAUACAAAUUAGAUGUAUUAUAAACACUUUAAAGCAUCAAUGUUAAGUGAACAGUGCAACAUUUACUGGUAAAAAGGUAAUGUUACUCCAGCUAAAAUAUACAAAAAGAACAAAAAAAUGAAAAUAUAUGAAUACGAUUACUUGCUUGUGGGCUAUAGCACUGAGCAUUCUCUUUUUUCUCUUUGUUUUCUCGUUUGGGCUUCAUCCCGCUCUCCUGCUCUUUGAUACAUAGUGCGCAUCCCCUCCGUCACUGUAUCUAUUGUAAUGAGAUUUUCAUCUACUGCACAAUCAAAAGCAUCAUAAUAGGAAUGAAAUCCUGGCGUCCUGAGCGCUAUAGAUCCUCCGGCCCGACGCUCAGAUGUAUGAAACUGCACCUGUAGACUUUAACCUCCCUGCCCUGUUAAAUAUGUGCGAUGUCAUUAAAUGCUUUUAAACAUUA